AUGGGAAGUGAUGCGGGUUACGGCCGCGGUCAGGUGUGGAACGCGCCAGCUCUCCCGAAAGCUCGGACCUUCAAGGGUUCGACGAAGGCGGAACGACGUGUUUAUAUGCGCGAGUACCAGAUGUACUUGUCGCAAAUUAACGCGAUGCAAUGUGUCGUUUCGCGUACGUUUGCUAUGUCUGUCAGUGCGUGUAUGGACCCGUUUUCUAAGCGGCGCAUUGUCCUGUUCGAUUUGAACAAGGAUCACAAUGCCGGCACGGAAGCAGAAUGGAUUGCGUGGUUCAACGCGGCGCUCGAAGAAGAACCCCAAGACUUGGACGUUCUGAAAAAGAGCCUGGCGGCCGCCAUCCGAUUCGACAUGAAGAUACUGGGCACUGAGUCUCGUGCCGGUCGGAUGCUGGACGACCUCAUGCGUGUGCUGGAACAAGACCACCAAGAAUGGGUGCUAACGCAGGAGCCCAAAGUUGUGGUCGAAGUCAUGACGAAGGCUAUCAAGCCAGAAGCCCCAAGACUGCUGUGCAAAAGCAGUUACGUAACGUUACAACUCCAACGAAACAAGGGGUUGAAAAACGAUGUUUUUCGUUUUGUGAACUGGCUGCGCCACUUUGCUGCGGGUUUCCAACUCUACGUAGGUGUCGAGGAACUGCAAGCUCCGGUGGCCCCUCUGAAAGGCCAUUAUCCGAAGGGCGGCUCGAAGAAUGGCGCCAGCAGCGGUGGCAGCGUCAGCGGUGGCGGCGAUAAAACGGAUGAAAAGGGUGUCUCCCCGGCGAAAACGGACGAUGGCAAGUCCAAGGAAGAUAAACUAGCAAGAAAGAAGAUUGGCUGCCUGAAAUGUGGAGACACUAGCCAUCGCGUCGCGGAGUGUCCAAAGGUGGCGCCUGGCGAGGCGGAUCGUCUACUCGAAGCUCAACUCAAGAAAAGCGCUCGUUCGGUCGAAAACGUCCUCUUGGACACGGGUGCCGACGUAAACGUUGUUACGCACGACGUCGUUGUCGUGUUGGCUGUGAAGGGCGCAAGCGUGACGGUCACGAAGCAUGAACGGCUCGGCUGGUCUACCCGGACGACGUACCGACCGUUGAUGUUACGUGGUCUCCACUGCUGGAUCGAUGACACGUCGCCGGAGAUCGACCUGAUCAUUAGUCGCCCUGUUAUGGAAUUGCUCGGAUUCUCCGUGGACGCUUUGCUCGCCGGAGCAUGA